AUGGCUGGUCUCGAUCUUGGCACAACUUCUCGCUACGUCCACAACGUCGAUGGAGGCGGCACCAACCAGUUCUCCACCGACAACCACCACGAAGAUGACGGUGGCGCCGGAGGGAACCACCACCAUCACCAUCAUAACGUUAACGUUAAUCAUCAUCAAGGUUUAGAUUUAAUAGCUUCUAAUGACAACUCUGGACUAGGAGGCGGUGGAGGAGGAGGAAGUGGUGACCUCGUCAUGAGGCGGCCACGUGGCCGUCCAGCUGGAUCCAAGAACAAACCGAAACCGCCGGUGAUCGUCACGCGCGAGAGCGCAAACACUCUUAGGGCUCACAUUCUUGAAGUUGGAAGUGGUUGCGACGUUUUCGAGUGUAUCUCCACUUACGCGCGGCGGAGACAGCGUGGGAUUUGUGUCUUGUCCGGAAACGGAACGGUUACUAACGUCAGCAUCCGUCAGCCAACGGCGGCCGGAGCUGUUGUGACUCUGCGUGGCACUUUCGAGAUUCUUUCCCUCUCGGGAUCUUUUCUUCCGCCGCCUGCUCCUCCAGGGGCGACCAGUUUGACGAUAUUUCUCGCCGGAGCUCAGGGACAGGUCGUCGGAGGAAACGUCGUCGGUGAGUUGACGGCGGCGGGGCCGGUGAUGGUCAUGGCGGCGUCUUUUACAAACGUGGCUUACGAAAGGUUGCCUUUGGACGAGCAUGAGGAGCAGUUACAGGUUCAAAACGGCGGCGGAGGUGGAGGGAAUAUAUACUCGGAAGCCACCGGCGGUGGCGGUGGCGGAGGCUUGCCGUUCUUUAAUUUUCCGAUGAGUUUGCCUCAUAUGGGAGUUGAUAAUUGGCCGGGGAAUUCUGCCAGCGCCGGUAGGGCUCCGUUUUAGCUUCUGUUUUAAAAUAACUUUAAUUUGUUUUUCCUCUUUUAAUUUAUUUUUCUCGGAAUUUAUGGAAUUAUGAUUCUUGUUUUUUUAAACAAUUGUUCAUGUAUUGACCCUCACUCAAUACAUGUUUUUCAGUGUUUACUUAGGUUAUUAUUGAUUUAUCUUUUAAAGCUUCUAAAAUAAUUCAGACUUAUCAAUGAAUAGCUCUUAUAUAGAAUCGUUUUAUGUAUGUGAUUGUUUAAUUUUUCGGUUAUUAUUAGUUGUUACCAAGUUUGUCUACAUGUAUAUACACUUUUCGAGCUCU